GACGUCACAGCGCGCGGGCCUGAAGGGUUUGACCCGCUGGGUUUUGAUGAGCCAGGCUCUGCGCAGCUGUGUAAAUGCGCGCGGCGUUUGAAAUGCAGCGGGAUUUGGUGUGUUUCCCGCUAUGUCCAGCGGUGCGGGUGAAGCUGGUGUCUGCGGGUUUCCAGAGUGCCGAGGAACUCCUAGAGGCGAAACCCUCCGAACUCAGCAAAGAAGUUGGGAUAUCUAAAGAGGAAGCCUUAGAAACUCUGCAAAUUUUAAGAAGAGAAUGCCUCACAAAUAAACCAAGGAAUGAUAGUACACCUGAUACUUCAUGCAGAACAUAUACAGCCCUGGACCUUCUUGAACAAGAGCACACCCAAGGCUUCAUAGUUACUUUCUGUUCAGCACUAGAUGAUAUUCUUGGGGGUGGCAUACCCUUAAUGAAAACAACAGAAAUUUGUGGUGCCCCAGGUGUUGGAAAAACACAAUUAUGUAUGCAAUUAGCAGUAACUGUGCAGAUACCAGAAUGUUUUGGAGGAGUGGCAGGCGAAGCCGUUUUCAUUGAUACAGAGGGAAGUUUUAUGGUUGACAGAAUGGUAGACCUUGCUACGGCCUGCAUUCAACAUCUUCAGCUUAUAGCAGGAAUACACAUGGACCAGGAACACCAAAAAGCUUUGGAGGAUUUCACUCUUGAAAAUAUCCUUUCCCAUAUUUAUUACUUUCGUUGUCAUGAUUACACAGAACUACUGGCACAAGUUUAUCUCCUUCCUGAUUUCCUUUCAGACCACUCAAAGAUUCGAUUAGUGAUAGUAGAUGGUAUUGCUUUUCCUUUCCGUCAUGACUUUGAUGAUCUGUCCCUUCGUACUCGAUUACUAAAUGGCCUAGCACAGCAAAUGAUCAGCCUUGCAAAUCACCACAGAUUAGCUGUAAUUUUAACCAACCAGAUGACAACAAAGAUUGAUAAAAAUCAGGCUUUGCUGGUUCCUGCUUUAGGAGAGAGUUGGGGUCAUGCUGCUACAAUUAGGCUAAUUUUUCACUGGGACCAAAAACAAAGGUUAGCAACAUUGUACAAAUCACCAAGCCAGAGAGAGUGCACAGUGCUGUUUGAGAUCACACCUCAGGGAUUUAGAGAUGCUAUUGCCACCGAGUGUUCUUUGCAAACAGAAGGUUCAUUGAAUUUCCGGAAACGGUCACGAGAUCCAGAUGAAGAACAAUAAUCCCAAAAGUAAUCUCAGAGUCUAAUCUUAAAACAUUGGUGCAUAGGCUUAAUACUUGAGUCAUGAAAUUAGCCAAGAAUAGUGCCACAUGCCUUUAAUCCCAGCACUGAGGAGCCUGAGGAAAGAAGAUUUCAAAUUCAAGACCUACUUGGGCUACAUAGUGAGUGAGUACAGGCUGAUCUACAUACCAAGCGUCUUAUCUUCAAAAAAGAAAAAAAGUCAUGAAAUGGUGUGUAUUUCCAGAGAUAAAAAAUUUAAGACUAUUCAAAUCUAAGGAUAUUUGAAAAAUAAUUUUAUGUGUGAAAGGACUACAUUUAAUUUGUAUACACAUUUUGAUUUUCUACCUUUAUGCACAUGAUUGCAUGUGUUAUUUUAAGUAUAUAGAAGUUCAUCAAGUGUUAAUCCUUAGUUUUCAGAAUUACUGGAAAUCAUGUGCUAUAUUGGUGCCAGAUAUGUCAUUUAUAGAUCACUUUUUCAUAAGGCAGCAAACCAUUUCAUAUGCCCAGAUCACCUCCUUUCUGGAAAAGCUGCAUUGUGUCAGCAUGGUUACCAUGUGUGGUAAUUGAUAAUGUCUGUGCCACUUGGCUUAUUUCUACCCUGGUCCAACACAGCUAUUCUACCACCUAUGAUUACCAUAUGUUACAGCACUCUAGGUUAAUGGGAUCAUUUCCAUCUUCCCUUCUAGUCACAAAUGUCACCAUGGCUCAAUUCCAUCAGCUCAACUGAUAAUAAAGUAUUCAGUACUAUCUAAGCAUAGAAAAUACCGUUAUGAAGAGUUUUUAUAUGUAGUUACCUGUAUCCUUUUUAUUUAAAAGGUUUUUUAUUUGUUUGUUUGUUUUUGAAAGGGUCUUGCUUUGUAGUUCAGGCUGUCCUUCAACUCAUCAUGUAGCCCAGGAUAGCCUUCAAGUUGAGGUGAUCCUCCUGCCUCAGUCUCCCAAUUAGUAUUAUAGGUGUGUGUCACCAUGCCCGGCUUCUUGUUUAUUUUUUUAAAAAGCAGCUUUUAUCAUUUGUUUCUCUUUGUUUUUUCCUGAUAAGGUUUUAUUAAGUUGUCUCGGUUAGUCUUGAACUUUUGAUUCUCCUGCGUCAGCCUCCCAGGGUGCUGAGCUAAUAGGCCUGUACCUCCAGACUUAGCCAUCUGGCUUUUUUUUGAUGAAUGCUUCAAGUUAGAAGUAGGCAUCUGCUGACAAGAAGAAGGGUACGAUCAAUAUUCUGGAUUUUUACAUGUGCUUAUCCUAAGCAAAUAUAAAAAGAUAAUUAAAAAUAAGAUCAUAAUAAAAGUAAAAAUUUUACCACUAUGUGAAGCACUUUCUGUUUUUUGUAAAGUGAAGACUAGUAGCAAAAUGUUGACGUCAGUUCACUCUAGAAAAGUCAUUAUACAAGGAAUAUGCCGCAUGUUACCAUUUAUAGUACCAUCAUUAAAUUAUCAUCAACCCCUACUUUAAUCCUCUUUCGUAUGGAUGUCAUAAAAUAAGUCCAAAAAUAAUUUUGGUUGUUCAAAGAACUCUGCUAGGGAAAAAGAUUGUUAUUAAUGGUUAAAACAUGAAGAAAAAUCAGAACCCAUUUUAGAGACUUAAUACUUCGCCUGUUAAAACUGGUAAAAUUUACUGCAUGUGGACCUUUUUGAAGUGAAUUUUAAUUUUGAUGGCUUUUGACUGCAGCUACAAUAUGACCCUAUAAGGCAGUGACAGAAAGAAAUAAAAAAUUAUUAUAGCAGUUAUGUUUUGGCAGCAAAUGAGGAUGAUUUAGAACUAUAUUGUUGAUCUGGAAAGUAGAAGAGGAAGUUACUAUUUGAAAACAUUUCUAUGUGCUCAACUUAUUUAGCUCUCAGGUAGUCUUGUUCCCUGCUAGUCAGCUGGACAACGCAAUCAGAUUAAUAUUUUUAAGCUAUUUAUAUAAUCUAUCCUUUAAUUAAAUUCCUUUUUCUUGUUUUGCUUUUGGUGGCACGAGGUAUUGAACCCAUAGCUUUGCAUAUGCUAGGCCAAGUGUCUUAUCACUAAUUUGUAUGAGUGGCCUUCUGAUUCAGUUUUUAAAAUAGAAAUUUACAACAUUUUUUUUUUUAAUAUUGGCCUUGGGAAUCGAACCCAAGGCCUUUUGACUGAGCUACAUCCCCAGCCCAUUAUAUUUUGUAUUUUGAGACAAGGUCUUGCUAAAUUAUCCAUACUGGUCUUAAACUUGUGAUCCACUUACCUUACCCUCCCAGAGUGCUGGGCUUCUAUGUGUGUGCCACCAUGGGUGGCCAAAAAAAUUUGUAUUUAUUUAUGGUAUUGGAAACCAAACUCAGGACCUCUCGCCAGGGAGCACUGAGCUAUAUCCCUGGCACUAUUUAUUUAGUUAAAAAAAUACAUAUUUUUUUAGAUUUUAUUUUAACAUUUAUUAUUAGACAUACCCUAAACGUAUGAGUAGAUCUUGAUUGAUUUUAUAUAUAUAAUUAUGAUUUCUUAAAAAUAUACUUCUGGGAGCUAUGGUAUUAGUUUUAAAUCAAUUUUUUUUUUUUUUUUUUUUUUACAAUUAGCAGUGUCAAGCUGAGCAUGGUGGUACAAGCCAAUAAUUCUAGCACUUAGAAGGCUGAGUCAAAAGCAUCCCCAUGGCUUUGAGACUAUUCUGGGUUUGAGGCCAUGCUGAACUAUAUGGUAAGAUCCUGUCUCAACAAAACAAAAAACAGAAACAAUUAGCAAUGUCAAAAUUGAGGGGAGUUUUUUUAGACAAUACUUUCAUUUUUGCCUAAAACAUAAAACAAACAUUUUAAAAUAGUUGAAAUAUUCUAGAUUUCUAAAACCAAGCUAACAUUAACUGGAAAUAGAUUUGAAAGUUAAAUAUUUUUCUUAGUUUUAGUCAUUAAUUAUCUACCAGAUAUUUUAGGUUUUAGCUUUUUUUUUUUCUACCGGGAAUCAAAUUCAUGACCUCGAGCUUCACAGGCAGGCACUCAUGCUGCUGAGCUAAAUCCCCAGCCCUUAUUUUAGCUAUUUUUGAAAACUAUUACAACUUUACUUUGUACUGGGAAUUGAACUCAGUACCUCGUGCUUGCCAGGCAGGCCCUGUGCUGCUGAGCUAUAUCCAGCCCUAAAAGACUAUUUUUUAAAAGCAAGUUUAAGUUUAUAAUAAAGUUGAGCAGAAAGGAAAGAAUUCCCCAUAUAUGUUCCCUCUCUUACCCCAGUUUUCCCUGUUAUUUGCAUUUUGCUUUAGUAUGGCACGUUGGUUAUAAUUGAUGACUCAGUAUUGGAAUCUUAUUAUUAACUAAAGCCCCCAGUUUCUGUUAGAAUUCACUCUUGUACAUUUUAUGAGUAUAUUGACAUGCACCCACCAUUUGAGUAAUACUAAAUAGUUUUUACCACCCUAAAAAUUCCCUAUUCUUUGUGUAUCCCUCCCUCCCAAACAUUGGCAACGUAUCCUUAUUUUAGAAAUAACACUAAUGCUUCAAGUAAACUCAGUGUCCCAGGAGCAUCUUUAGAGACCUAGAUGUACUUUAACUUCACCUUAAUCCAUUUAUAGUUGUAUAUAAUCUACCUUAUAGUUCCUUAAUACAUAUUACCAUAUCCAUCAGGAUCUGGUUAAGAAAGUACAGAAGUGGGUCUGGGGAUGUAGCUCAGUGGCACAGCACCUGCCUGGCAAGCACAAGGUCCAGAGUUUGAUUCCGUUACCCCUCACCCCCCCAAAAAACUGAAAAACUUCCAAUGGCUAAAGUGCAACAAUUUGACAGAAAAAAUAAAAUACGUGGAUUAUGACCCAAAACAUAAAUAUUCAUGAGUCCAAACUAAUAUAAAUAAGUGAUUAAAUAUAUUUUUUAAAUACAGAAGUGAUGGUUAUGAAAGUGAUGGAAGAGCUAAAAAGGAAGGAUUAUUUGGUUUCUAAAAGGAAGCUGCAAGUUGCUAUCAUACCUAAAGGACAAAUAUAGGAAGAAGAUGUUUCUAGAGCUUGUGCCUACGUCACUGACCAAAGCUGGAAUUGCAGUGGACACAUUCAGAGGGAGCAAAGCUACAAAUGAGACUUAGUAGACCUCAGCCCUGUGAUAGGGAACAGUGCCUCAGCCAGACCCUGUCACAAAAUAAAUACAAAGCACUGGGGAUGUAGCUUAAUAGAAAAGACCCAGGAUGAAUCCCAAGUCCUGCAAAACAACAGCAGAAGAAAACUGUAAAUGUCUGUGUACAAGUUUUUUUUUUUUUUUUUUAGCUUGGGUGCACAUGUUGGACAUGUUUUUUGUUUUUAUGGGUAAGUAUCUGAGAGAGGAGUUGCUAGGUCAUCCAAGAAAUUGCAAAUGUAACAAUUCUUUUAAAUGUUGUAAAUAUUAUCAUGAAUGUCCAUGAAAGGACAUGAUCCGUUUUCUUAAAAGAGCCAGAGGUUAGAAGGACAGUAUUUGUAUUUUUAUUUUUAAAACAGAACAGUGAUACAGAAUUUCAUAACAACAUGAAAUUAACACUAAGUAAUAUAUUGUGUAUUGUUAUCUUCACAGUAGUUGCUGAGAUUACAAGAUACAGGCAUGAAAAAAUGAAUGUGAAAGCACUGUCCUUUUUGAUGAACUAACAGAUUAGUAUAGUUACAUAUCAUGUAAAUAUACAUAUACGAAUAAAUAUACAUAUAAGGACAUAGAAAAAUCUUAGUAAUGUUAAAUAUCACUGAUACACCCUAUACAUAACUCGACUUAUUUUAAAAUAGGGGACUAAGGAGAGGAACUGAAAAGGAAAGCAAAGAGAUAAAAAAUGACUAAAAAGACUUGUCAAAGGAAAGGUUUAAUUUGGCUCACAUAAAAAGAUGAUAUUAAAAAGAAAGACUUAAUAAUGGCAGAAUCAUCCUACACACCUGCACUGAAUUUCUGUCAGCAACCUUCUGGCAAAGCUACUUUGUCAAAUGGAUUCGUUAGAAUCUAUAUUGAUCUUUGUGAAAGAAUGUCUUUAUUAAUGUCAGCAAACAUGCCUCAUAGUAAUGUAGAGAUGUGGGCUUUUUCUUUUACUCUUAGAAGUAAUGUUUUACCAACAUAGAUCAUUUCCCUUUGAUAAUGUGGGUUGAGUCAGAAAUUAAUGUCACAAAUAAAUGUCAUCUAGAUGAGGGAGGCAACUACAUUAUGAAGUAGGAAGGUGUAGCUUGAUGUGAAUUGUUUGACAGCUAUGUACUCUUGAACAAAAUGUCAGCAUGUCAAGUUCUGGGAUAUUAACCAUUGUGCGAAUGUAAAACUGUGGACAUUUUGAUUUGCAGCCUAAAAAGUUUUGUCAGUCUUUCUAAACUUGAAAUGGAAAUGAGCAGGUGUAUUGAAAAUAAAAACAAAUGACUUUAAAGGC